GCCGAUUCAUAAGCCAGGGUCUCCUCUUCUCUCCAAUGUCUAGCUAUCAUGUCUUUUUUCAAUAUAUAAUGGUAAAGGAGACUGCCUUCUAUGAUACCCUUGGGGUGAAACCAAAUGCCACUCCUGAUGAGAUCAAAAAGGCAUACAGGAAGUUAGCACUGAAAUAUCACCCUGACAAGAAUCCCAAUGAGGGGGAAAAGUUUAAGCUCAUCUCUCAGGCAUAUGAAGUGCUGUCUGAUCCUAAAAAGAGAGACCUCUAUGACCAGGGUGGGGAACAGGCGAUUAAGGAAGGGGGACUUGGUGGAGGAAACUUCUCCUCUCCCAUGGACAUAUUUGACAUGUUCUUUGGUGGCGGUGGUCGCAUGAACAGAGAGAAGAGAGGAAAGAAUGUGGUCCACCAGUUGUCUGUGUCAUUAGAAGAGAUAUACAAUGGGGCAAGCCGGAAGCUGGCGUUACAGAAGAAUGUAAUCUGUAACAAGUGUGAUGGUCAUGGGGGUAAGAAAGGAGCAGUGGAGAAAUGUUCAACCUGCAAGGGUCGUGGUGUGCAAGUUCAUAUACAGCAGAUUGGGCCAGGAAUGGUCCAGCAAAUUCAGACUAUGUGCUCAGAUUGCCGUGGGGAGGGGGAGCGCAUUAAUCCCAAAGAUCGCUGCAAGCAGUGUAGUGGAAACAAGGUUAUACGUGAGAAAAAAAUCCUGGAGAUUCACAUCAAAAAGGGCAUGAAAGAUGGACAGAAAAUUGUGUUGCAUGGUGAAGGUGACCAGGAACCAGACUUAGAGCCAGGAGAUGUGGUCAUUGUGCUGGAUCAGAGAGAACAUGAAGUGUUUCAAAGGCAAGAUGACAACUUGAUUAUGAAGAUGCAGAUUCCAUUAGUAGAGGCUUUGGGUAAAUAUACCCCUUUGUGUGGGUUCAAGAGGACCAUAAAUACUUUGGAUGGUAGAAUUCUUCUAAUAACAUCGCUUCCAGGUGAGGUGAUAAAGCAUGGUCAUCUGAAAAGCAUUCAGAAUGAAGGAAUGCCCUUACAAAGAGACCCCUCUGAGAAAGGUCUUCUGAUCAUUCAGUUUCUGGUUGAUUUCCCUAAUGACCAUUGGCUUGCACCAAACCAGAUGAAGCUUUUGGAGACUUUGCUUCCACCCAGAGAAGAAAUAAUGGUCACUGAUGACAUGGAUAUGGUAGAUCUUGUUGAAUUUGACCCUAGAGAGCAAAGCAGACAUUACAGAGGGGAAGCAUAUGUUGAUGAUGAAGACAGGCCAAGAGGAGGGGUUCAGUGCCAAACCUCUUGACCUACUACAGAGCUUGACUGUAUAUAUGGCUUUUGGACUUGGCCCUCCCCACUUGCUGCCCCAUAGAGGUGUGGUUUUUUUUGCCUCCUACAAAUAUCUGUCUAGCAGCCUAAACGGCUAAAAUACACUUCACUGUAACUUUGGA